UCGACAGGCCAGUCCGCCGUUUCUAGACUCGUCUAGGGCGAGCAACGAAACAUCUGGCGUCACAAGACGCUCCAGAAAGUUCGGUCCCAGUCCGCCUUUAUAAAGGACCAGCCGUCUUCCUCCGAGGCACUAUUGAAGCAGGACGUUUACUGAAAGUUACUACAGAUCCUGCCACGAAGAUGGUUAAAGAGACAGGUUUCUAUGACACUUUAGGUGUGAACCCUAAAGCCACACCAGACGAGAUUAAAAAAGCAUACCGAAAACUGGCACUGAAAUAUCACCCGGACAAGAACCCGAAUGAAGGAGAGAAGUUCAAGCUGAUAUCUCAGGCCUAUGAGGUUCUGUCAGAGCCCAAGAAGAGGGACCUCUACGAUCAGGGUGGAGAGCAGGCUAUCAAGGAUGGGGGCAUGGGGGGAGGAGGUUCCCCUAUGGACAUAUUCAACAUGUUCUUUGGAGGUGGAGGCAGAAUGCCUCAGAGGGAUAGGAGAGGUAAGAACGUGGUCCAUCAGCUCACUGUGACUCUGGAAGAGAUGUACAAUGGAACCAAGAGGAAAUUGGCCCUGCAGAAAAACGUAAUCUGUGGAAAAUGUGAAGGGUACGGUGGUAAGAAGGGCGCCUUGCAGACGUGUGGUUCAUGUAAAGGCAGAGGAGUGGAGAUCAAGGUGCAGCAGAUCGGGCCAGGAAUGAUACAGCAGAUCCAGACCAUGUGUGCAGAGUGCCAGGGAGAGGGCGAACGCUUCAACUCUAAAGACCGAUGCAAGACCUGCAACGGACACAAAGUAGAACGCAAGAAGAAGAUUCUAGAGGUUCACAUUGACAAAGGUAUGAAGGGGGGUCAGAAGAUACCAUUCCACGGGGAGGGCGACCAGGAGCCUGGUCUGGAACCAGGUGACGUGGUGAUCGUGCUGGACCAGCAGGACCACCCAGUGUACCAGAGGCAGGAGGACGACCUGCACAUGAAGAUGAACAUCAAACUGGUUGAGGCCCUCUGUGGCUUCAAGAAGACCAUCCGUACGCUAGAUGGCAGGGUGCUCAUCAUCACCUCUUCACCAGGUAAAGUAGUGAAGGCCAACGAUGUGAGGUGUGUCCAUAAUGAAGGCAUGCCCAUCCACAAAGACCCUUACGACAGAGGGCAGCUCAUCAUUCAAUUCCAGGUGGAGUUCCCAGAUAAACACUGGCUGCCAGAGCACCUCCUCCCCCAGCUAGAGGCCCUCCUCCCCCCCAGAGACGAGCAGCUGAUCUCAGACGACAUGGAGGAGGUAGACCUGAAGGAGAUGGAUCGCAGCUACUCUCAACAGAAGAGCGGCAGCAGUGGAGGAGGGAAGCCAAGCUUUGAGGAUAUUGACGAUGAUGAGGGGGGAGGCCAUGGCGUGCAGUGCCAGCAGCAGUAGAAUAUAGAAACUCAUGCUGCACUGAAUGUUUAGUUUGUUCAAUUAAUCGGUUUUAGAAUCUAUGUAUACAAAUCACGUCAAACUCAGUUCCUGAAGGACGGGGUUUGACAAAAGCCUUAUUCAUUAGAGUUCAAAGUCCAGUGUUAUCAAGCGCUGCACUGAAAUGCCUACUUUCACAGCAAUGUCAUGUUUUAGGCAUCCGAGCCAUAUCCGCAGCUGUUUUCCUCCAGAUACUAUUCAACACGUCUGUUGAUUAUCUUUAUACUGAGGGUCAGGUGUGGAGAAUGUAUGAGGCAGGGGAAAUAACUCUUUCCCUAACCUUAACAUAAGUUAGUUACAAAGCUUGUCAAAAGAUGUUGUCCCUGACAUGACCACUAGAUGGAGCUGUAGACCUACUCCAUCUUGCCACAAUGGUAGAGUGAUGGUCUGUUUACAUUUCUAUCUAACAUAACACCUGCACUGUUUUUCUCCAUGUGUAGUGUAAGUUGUGUGUAUUGUUUUAUUUCGUAUGGAUCUGUUCAUGAGAGAUAUACUAGGAGGCACAGAAAACAGACAUGUUGCAUUUCAAUUAUUGACUUAGGUCCAUAACUCACCAGAGGAACCUGUAUGCUUUCUUUAACUGACUCACCAGAGGAACCUGUAUGCUUUCUUUAACUGACUCACCAGAGGAACCUGUAUGCUUUCUUUAACUGACUCACCAGAGGAACCUGUAUGCUUUCUAUGAAGGUAAUGUUACUGUCUCACCACAGGCGUUUCACCCACUCUUGAAAUGGAUUGAUUCUUUCACAAAUAAAACCUCUCAAGAAUG